GGCGAAGAGCCGUCUUUCGCAAGGUAUCUCAUUUUCUUCCACGCCAGGCCAGACAGGACAGACGCUCACAUUGACAGUCCUGGUAUUACCUCGGCACUGUGACAAAAAUUCCAAGUCACUGGAGAAAAGGUCGAAUAUUAAAUCGCACAGCAGACAAUUUCUGACUCACGAGUGACUGGCGAUACACCUUUUCCUGGUCCCGGGGAUAUCCAGGUUGUCGACACAGAGACUGUACACCAACUCAACAUGGACACAAGAGAGAAACAACUGCUUAUCCAUGUAGGAGGAGAUACUGCGCAGCCAUGUCACCACUGGACUGGUUUUCACCACCUUGUUCAAGGAAGCCCCGAGUUUCCACGAGUAAUUCCCCAAUCUCGAGGCCCUCGUGCAGGGGGUAGAUUUCACCAAGCUUCCCUAUCGACGGACAAUCAAAUAUGAAGGACGCUUCAACUGGAAGACCAUGGUGGAUGGGUAUCAAGAAUGCCUGCAUUGUCAAUACACACACCCCUCCUUCUCCCUCCCCUAUCCACCAACAUUCCACACCGUCUACAACUACACCAACAUAUCACAGCACGUCUCAGAUCCUACAAAACGAGACGAUGGCCUAUUUCUCUACUUCUUCCCGAACUGCACUUUAAACGUAUAUGGAGGAGGCAUGUCAUCUUUCCGAGUCUGCCCGACUGCAGAUCCAAAUGUAACCAGGAUGGAAUUCGAUUACUACCAUAUUGAAGCUGGGGAUAAAUUCGAAGUCUACUUUAAAUUUGUCCGCCAGGUUGCAAUCGAGGAUUAUGAGCUUUGCGAGAAGGCUCAGGAGAAUCUUGUAAAGGGGGUGUAUAGUGAGGGUAUUUUGAACCCAGAGAAAGAGAACGGCGUCUCCUGUGAGUGUCACAAUAUAUGGAUCUAUUCAGCUACUGAUAAACGAGCAGUCUAUCAGAGCUGAGUCUUUGAACUCGUGUGUCACCAGUACAGCGCAGAAAAGAUGGAG